CACAUCAUGUACCUAGAAGUGGAUUUAUUCGACAGAUAUAUAAGCAGAAGUGGUAAACAAACCAUUUUUUUAAAAAAGUUGUACAAUAUGCUUAAAAGUAUCUGGCAUACAAGUACUUUUCGCUUUACGCUAAAAAGAAAAAAAAAAAAUUGAAAAGAAAGAGAACAUCGAUGAGGAAGUUGAAUGUUACUAUUGCCUGGAAGUCUGUCAACCCUGUCAAAAUUCAAAUUGUACCUAGAUAACAAGGGGAACAUUUCGGAAAGACCUCCCAUUGUUAGUCACACUGGUUCAGAUCAUACCUACAUUAUACGGUACCUCAUUUAAAAAAAAAAAUAUUGGCGUAACUAAUACCCUGCUUUUUCUUUACAUUUUCAGUCCACGACCGUUAUGAAGUCCGUUAUGCAUGAAGCCACACAGGAUAUAUCGCAACGCUGGUCUCAAAUCGCAAUAGAAGUUGCAGCGGACGAGGCUGCUUCAAAAAUUCAACUUCCUUUACGAGUUAGCUUUCCAAUACCAUCACAUACACAGUACGAGUCCUCCCGGGAUAUAGAGAAAGCAGACGAGUAUAGAGAGAUCGGUGAAGACGUUGAUGAACUUAUGUAUUCGUCUACGCAAUCAAAUGAUUACACCCUACGAAGGCUUCGAAAUUUUUUGGACCUUAAACUGUCUGAAAAUAUGAAAAACUUGCUUCGUGAAGUAGCAAAGCAAGGCGCCAGUCACCAACGAAAAAGUGUAACCAGCAUCUGGAGCGCGAGGGAACUUACGCUUGAAUUGAAACUUGACGGUGUAGACGAUGAUCAAAACCAGAAGCCACAAUAUGCAGAGUGUGAUUCCACAUCACAAGGAAGCGACAGUAGCCAGACUUUGGUUUUCGGAAGCUGUAAUCCAUCAAGCCUCAAGUCUUCUAAGAGUACAGGUCAGCGAAAGCUGCUGCUCAUUCGACUUACCAAAGCGCUUAUGCGAUAUGGCGCUGCCAGUCAUCGAAUUGAGGAAUGUCUACAGAUGACCGCAGAAUAUCUUGAAGUGGAAAUGACAAUUGUAUUUCUACCUGGAUUAUCACUGAUAUGCUUCAGUGAUAUAGAAAACCACGCCGUUGAAACACUACUGGUAAAGUGCAACGAGGGUUUCGAUAUGGGAAAAUUAGCCAAGGUUUUCAAAACCGCGAUUUCGACGCAAAGAUCAACAAUCGACGUUAGAACCGCAUUGGAUCAACUGCACGACAUCAAAUUGAGUCCUCCUACAUGGGGGUCUUGGUCGAUGCUGAUGGCCUAUGCAUUAUCCAGUUUAGUUGCUGCACCCGUAAUGUUUCAAGGGUCUUGGACCGAUGGCCUCGUGAGUGGUGGACUGGGCCUACUCGUUGGUGUAGUUAUUACCGUUGCCGAGAAGUACGCCAUAUUUAACAACAUGGUAGCAGUCUCAAUCUGCAUAACAAUAGGCUUUACCGUUCGCGCACUCAGCGCAUAUAUAUGCUUCACCGGGGUCGUACUAUCUUCAAUUGUGAUGUUACUUCCAGGAUACAAUCUGACGAUAAGCAUUAUGGAAUUUUCGGCACAACAUAUGAUAACCGGCACCAUCCGAUUCGGAUAUUCGUUACUAUACGCUCUCUUAGUCGGAUAUGGUCUUGAGGUCGGUAGUGCAUUAUACUCCUCCGUGGACCCCGCGUUGCCAUCAGAUUUUGCCAGCUGCAGCUAUCCUGUUUCCGAAUGGUUCUACAUACCCCUUUAUCCCAUAGUAGCCAUCACAAGCGGUAUGACCAGCGGUGCUACUGCACGUCAAUGGCCGGCCAUUAUAGCGUGCUCAUGCUUUGGGAUGGGUGUCACAUACUUCGUUGGCAAAGUUGUAUCUGAUUCACAAAUCGUUGCAACAAUAGGGGCUUUUGCGAUAGGCUUAUUCGGUAGAAUAUACUAUCGCAUAACCGGAGAGCUGGCUCUAGUUCCACUUUGUUCGGCGAUGGGCUUGUUGACCGCUGGAAAUAUCGGUGUGAAGGGUGUUUACCUUCUUAUGCAAGAGAGUGACGAUGGAGGCUCGCUUGCCUUGCAAAUGGUAGUCACCUCUGUCGCAAUAGCCAUCGGCCUAUUUGCAGCAGCAUUGAUACCGAUAUUCCCUAGACAUAAAGGACGAUCUGUCAAUCUUUCAUACUGAACAUGUAACAACCUAAUUUAGUCUUUUAAAAAUUGUUUUUCAUUUUAUGUACAAUGUAUGUCUAUGUAAGCUGUGCAAAUUACACUCGUGUUACUUUCUUUUUUCCUCUUGAUUGCGCUUUUGAUGGAUCCUUGACUUCCUCGUCUGCAGUUCUCUUAUUUUUUCUUAACUGUUUUCGUUCACCGAAAUUCGUGUCAUGGAGAUGCUGUCAUAGCAUAACAGAAGAUUAGCCUGGCUUAUCACGGUAAAAGUUGCUUCAAGCAUAUUUACUUACCAUUCUGGCAACGCGUUUAGCAGUAGUCACUUCGUUCAAUUCCUCCAAAAUCUUAUUCUCGUUAACCUUAUAUUCCUCCAUUUGCUUGUCUGCAGAAUAGAAG